AUGGUGUCACUUUGGCCCUGGAAGGGCGAGGACAAUUCACCCGCAUCGUUUGAGAAAACGCUCUCGACGCUCUCUACCAAGAUCACGGAAAGAACUACGCGUCUCGAUGCCACACGUCAGCAAGCUCGGCGAUUUAGGGCUCUGUGGACGCUUUAUUCGAUUUUUAUAUACCUUCUUUAUAGCACCAUCGAUGUCCUAGUCUUGGGUUGGAAGAACUGGGGCCCGUGGGAAUUUGGAGCUGUUCUGGGCGGGCCAUUCAUAAUCUACGGAGUCCGAGCUGUUGGAGCUCGUGUUUUCGACUAUCGCAUCUCCAAGGCGGAACGCCAUCUGGACAGUUUGAAGAAGCAACGCGACGAGACAAUUGAGAAACUCAAGGUUGCGACAAAGUAUAACUCGACCCAGCAGCUACUCGAAAAAUAUUCUGGGGAAUCCACGAAGCCGAAACAGCCUAGGAACAACAACGGAGGACCGAAGAGAAAGGACACUGGGCCCAAAGGUGGCCCCCCACCCAUGACAGGAAGGACCGGCCUCCCUCCCCCUCCAACCGCGAACAUCAAACGCCCUCAGAAUGUGCAAUCUCCUCCGGCGCCUGCUACACCUUCACCCAAUGCUAGACUAAGCCCUCAGUCUCCUAACUAUCCCCAAGGACAGCCCCUACUACCACCACCACAUAUCGAUGAAUCCGGUUUCGCACCAAAUGCUUUUCCUGCACCUCCUCAAUAUAACGACGGUCCAAGAUGGUACGAUCGAUUCAUGGAUGUCUUACUUGGAGAAGACGAGACUCUACCCAAGAACCGCGUUGUUUUGAUCUGUCAGAAUUGCAGACUUGUCAAUGGCCAGGCUCCGCCCGGAGUGAAGAGCCUCGAAGAACUCGGUCGGUGGAGGUGUGGAAGCUGCGGUACAUGGAAUGGAGAGGAAAGCGAGGCCAAGAAAGUACUCGAGAGCAUCAAAAGCCAGCCACCACCAACCACUGACGGGGCUUGGGAAUCGGUUUCGCAACAUCAAGACUCCGACUCCAUUUAUGAAGAAGGCACCGACGACGGUGUCAUUGUCGAGGACGCCUCGAAUGGCAGAGGGUCUCAGUCUGGCGAUGCACAGGGCGACGACUCAGAGCAAGGGUCUGCCCAGGAAGAUUCCGAGCAGCCACCGGUAAGGAGGAGCAAGCGAAACAAGGGAAAUGACGAUGCUAGUUCAUGA